UAUCAUUCUUGUUUUUUUAUUUCAAAACCAAAAAAACCCCAAAUCCCAAGACAAUGCAAGAAGAAUUGCGUAGCUGGUUCGCUUCUUACGGCAUCCCAUACCCUGAUCAAGCUCUGAGCAUUGGCGUGAUUGAAAAAACGAUCGCCAUUCACGGCAAGGAGCGCUGGACUCGAGCCGUGCGGCGUGACCUCAUGGACGAAGCCAUCGAAUUGUUCGAGGAGGCUCGAGCGAGACUGCAACGUCAAGCUAAUCGUAUGUUUAGCAAUCUGCAGGAGUUCAACAAGCUACUUCGCUUCCUCGGUCGGUCUCCCCAGCCGUCAACGAACAAGGCCUGCGAGGCAAUGAGCAGCAUCCACGUCAACAUUUAUGACCUCAUCGCCGCCUACAACGCCGACAACAGCGGCACCUUCAACGGUCGCACAUUCCCCUCCGUCAAGGAACUGGCAAAGUACUCGCGUGCCAAGAACCUGAUCUUCCCGAGGGACAAGGCCAAGUCCGAAGGCCUGAGGCACUUUCUGCGUCACUUCUUCAAUCAUUGAAUCUCAUGUUGUUUG